GGGACUGCACGGACCGCUCCGAUGCACCGGAAGUUGGUGCUGACUGUCAGGAAGCGGGUGUGGGCUGUGCGAGGUGAACAAACCGGAGGCGUAGUCAGGGUGUUGUUGAGAUGCGAUGCACCAUGUGCGAUAACUGGAGCACUGUGGCGGAGAUCUUCCUCUUCUUGGAAGGCUUCAGCGCUGAGGCAGGGCAGAUCCGCUGUUUUUGCAGUAGGGCCUUUGUGCAUGAUCGAGAGCUUUAUCGAAUGGGAUUAAAAGGAACAUUUCAUACCAAUGAAGAUAAUGGAGAUUUUGUGGAAAAGUGUGAAGAAGAGUCAAAUAUUGAUGAUGAAUCCAAUGUUAAUGCCUCAGAGGUGCAAGAAGAAAAUGAAUUGGAUAGUGAAUCAGAAUUGAUGGCAAAUAUGGGGCUGCCCUUGCACUUCGGUAGUUCAUCAAAUCACUGGCAACCAAUGACCUGCAAUGUUUCAAAGAAAAGAUUCAAAAAGAAAAAGGUGAAUCGCAAAAAUAUUGAAGUUUGUAAGGAACUGCCAGACAAUAUUUUGAAUCAAGUUUCUGACAUCACUAACUUGGAACUGAUUGAAAACCAAAACAAUUUUGAAAUAGAAUGUAAUGACCUGAAUAAAUCAUGUGCGGGAGCAACAGACUCGGAGCUGGAAUCCAAAACAGACUGGGAAAUGUAUUGGAGACUGUAUGGUGAAGGUAUCGUUUGGGAAAAUUGGCUGGGAAAACAUCCUGAUUGGAUAGAAGACACACCUGCACCAUGGAACUGUUCCAAUAUGAAAGAUGAAUGGCAAGAGUUUUACACUGAACAAUAUUGGUUAUAUUAUGAACAGUUUAAUUACUGGAGAGCUCAAGGAUGGUCUGUAGACCUGACCAAAGAUUCUGACUGUGGCAAGGAUUCAUCCUGUACAAACACACAUGAUUCAGAAGAAUUUCUUGACAGUGCUGAUUGUGAAAACAUCAAUAACGUACUGCCAGUGGAGUCCAUCAUUGAAUCAAAUGGAAAAAGCACACUUGAGUGUAAUGAAGUUGGUUGUAAAGAGGUUGCCAGUAUGAUAAGUAAUAUAAAGCUCAGUGCAGGAAGUGAGGUUGAGCAAUUCACAGAUGGGGAAAACAAUAUCUGCAACUGUCCUGUUGAUGGUUCCGAGGAGAAAGAUCAACCUGCAGAAGGAGGCAACGGCAAGACAUGUGCAGCGAGUGGAAGAGACUCCACAGUUCAGUCAGCAGAUUCUCCUAACACUUUAAGCAAAACAUUAAAAAACAGCACUGCAGCGGGGAAGAAUCAAAGCAGUGAAGAUGAGGAUGAUCCACCAAAACCCAAACCAGUAAGGGUGAAAAAAAGUCAUGAAUUUGAUGCUGAAGAGUAUCCUACUGUGGCAGUGGAAGAUGCCUAUUCGGCUCUUGGCUUCAAGCACCAUACUAGCCAAAACAUUUCAAAAUUUACUCAUGGACACGCAUUCUAUCAUAAGGACAUUGAGCAAUUUAGGAAUCUUGAUAUGCAUAGACCAGUGAUUUCCAGAAAGAAACAUAUAUUCUUUGGUGAAGGAGAAGUCCUGAAUAAGAAGAGCAAGACCUUAGAAAAGGUACAAAGAUUUCUAAAACAAGUCAAAUCAUCAAAUGAUUCUGUUAAUUUGGACAUUUCAUCCUCUGUGCCACACAGUCCUAGGGAAUAUAGUAGCAGGGAACAACCAUACAGUUCCAUUGAAAAUUGUACCUCAGUGUGUGAAAAUAGCAACAGUGAAAAUGAGACUGAAGAAACUGCGGAUGAUGGACCAGCUUGUAUCCAUAAGCCCUCAAAAUUUAGUAUCUACAAUGAGGGCAACAAAGAAGAGCUGAUAGAAAAAGAUGAUGAGGCCUCUAUUCCUGCUGAAAAUUCUGAAUUCUAUUCUGAUAGACAGCUCGUUCCUUUGGAUAUUCCAGACUUUCUUUUACCUGAUCCUGAUGUAACGGAGAAGACUGAUGAAUGUGCGUUUCAAACUGAAGAACUGAAUCAAGUGCAAAAGCUGAAGAACCUUAAGAAAAACAAAAAAAGAAGAAAGAAGAAGAAAUUUUGUCAUGCUCCAUCUGACGUAGUAGCUGUUCCAGAAUUGGCCAAAUACUGGGCUCAACGCUACAGAUUAUUUUCUCGUUUUGAUGAAGGAGUCAAACUUGACCAAGAAGGCUGGUUUUCGGUCACUCCUGAGAAGAUUGCCGAGCACAUUGCCAAACGUGUCACGGAGAGUUUCCACUGUGAUAUUAUCAUUGAUGCAUUUUGUGGAGUUGGAGGCAAUUCAAUUCAAUUUGCAUUGGCAGGAAAAAGAGUGAUUGCUGUUGACAUUGAUCCAGUGAAAAUAGAUCUUGCACAGAACAAUGCUAGAGUCUACGGUGUGGCUGAACAGAUCGAGUUUAUCCUUGGUGAUUUCAUGUUACUGGCUUCUGACCUGAAGGCUGAUGCUAUAUUCCUCAGUCCUCCAUGGGGUGGCCCAGAUUAUGUCAAUGCUGAAAUCUUCGAUCUAAAGACAAUGAUUUCCCUGGAUGGCUUUGAAAUUUUUACACUCUCACAGAAGAUUACUCCAAAUAUUGUUUAUUUCUUACCACGAAAUGCUGACGUAGAACAGGUGGCAUCCUUAGCUGGACCAGGAGGACGAGUGGAAAUAGAACAGAAUUUUCUCAAUAACAAGCUGAAGACCAUCACGGCAUAUUUUGGUGACUUAAUCCGAGAUGAAUAGAUCAAGAUUGUGUGAUCUGCUUCUUUUUU